AUGCAGCUCAAAAACAUCGCCAUAGUCGGAGCCGGCGGCAACGUCGGCAAAGCCAUCGUCCCGCUCCUCCUCCGCGAAGGGACCUUCCACGUGACCGCCCUCACCCGCGGCUCCUACCAACCGGCGGACGCACGCAUCACCGUCACCGUCGUCGACUACGACAACCAAGCCUCUCUCACCGCGGCGCUGCAAAACCAAGACGCGGUGCUGUCGCUCGUCCCCGGUGGACAAGCGAAAUGGGCGCCGCAGAAACUUCUCAUCGACGCGGCCGUGGCGGCGGGCGUCAAGCUGUUCCUGCCGAGCGAGUUCGUGGCCAACAUCAUGACGCCGCAGUACGCCGUGUUCCCGCCCUCGUACGUCGGGGAUAAGGUCGAGUUGCGGAAGUACCUCAUGGGGUUGGCGGCGGAGGGGAAGAUUUGCUGGACGGCGUUGAAUGGGGGGCCGUUUUUUGAUAUGUGGCUCCUCGGCGGCCCCGCAGGCUUCGACCUCGCCGCCCGCAAAGCCACCAUCUACGGCACGGGCAACAACCUAACCUGCUGGACGCCUCUGCCCCUCAUCGCGACGGCGCUGCUCAACAUGCUGCGCGCGCCCGACGCCAUCGUCAACAGGCCCGUCUUCGUCUGCGGCGUGCGCGACCUGACGCAGAACGCCAUCCUGGAAGCGCUCGAAGCCGAACUGGGCGAGAAGUUCUCCGUCGAGCACGCCGACAUCAAGGCGAUGAAAGCGGAGGCGCUGGAGUUGUUGGAAAAGGGGGAGAUCAAGCAGGCGAUGAGGGGGUUGACGCUGAGCGGGCAGUUUAAUGAGGAGGGGAGCGCGGCGAAUUUCUGGCAUUUGGUCGAGAAUGAGUUGGUGGGGGUGGAGCCGGUGUCGGUGAGGGAGGCGGUUAGGAUGACGCUGGAUGCUGCGAAGAUCAAGUAG